UUGCAUUUCUCCUACUCGCCACGUGGCGGCGGGUGCAGCCUUCAGGGCCCCUAACCCCGCACCCGGGCUGCGUAGGACAGGGGCAUCCACCCGAAGGCACCCGGUUUCGGGUCCGGAGCCCUGAACCCACUGACAUAGUCUCGGGUAGGGACUCCAUCAGCUGUGGGUCCUGCCCCUUCCCCGAUGUCCACCCCUACCGUAAAGCCUGUGCCUGUUCCCCGCCCCCUCGGCUGGUCCCGGGGAGGGGAAGGGGCGGGCAGCGCAGGGGGUGUGACAGCUCCCGCCCGGAUCAGUGCCAGCUGCAGCUUCGCUUGAACGCCCUGUGCCAGCUGGCUCUUACAUCUGGGACGGAGGCGGAGGCUCAACGCUCUUAGUCUUUGGGGAGGGGUGGGGGUUCCCCCCCAGCAACCCCUUCCCCCCCCAGCCUUCUACUCACCCAGGACGAGCCCCUCUGCCUAGCCCGGCAGCUUGCUACUCCGGACUACCUGUCCUGCUGGGAACUGGCCCUUCGCUGCAGCCCGGGUGGCACCGACAGCCCUCCAGGAUUCCCGGGCAGAGCUGUGCUGGAGCGCGCCAGGGAUCCUCCACAACCUCUCGCUAGAGCGUGCACCGCUGUGUGAGCUGGAGAAGAAACAUGAAGGUCAGCUGGCCAGGUGAGAACCACUGGCAGGUGGGCCCAGCUGUGGUGGAGAGUCCAGCGGUGGGGACACCGCAGGUGGCAAGUCUCCCUGACGUGGUCCCGGAGGGCACGCUGCUCGAGAUGGUGCUGAAGAGAAUGCACCGUCCCCGGUGCUGCUCCUACCAGCUGGUGUUCGAGCACAGGCGGCCCAGCUGCAUCCAGGGACUUCGCUGGACACCACUUACCAACAGUGAGGAGUCCCUGGACUUCAGUGUGAACCUGGAGCAGGCCACCACAGAGCGUGUGCUCAAGGCAGGGAAACUCCUGCACCGCCAUCUCCUGGCCACCUACCCUACCCUCAUCCGAGACAGAAAAUACCAUCUCCGACUAUAUCGACAGUGCUGCUCUGGCCGGGAGCUGGUGGAUGGGAUUUUGGCUCUGGGGCUUGGCGUCCAUUCACGGAGCCAAGCUGUGGGCAUCUGCCAGGUGUUGCUGGAUGAGGGCGCCCUUUGCCAUGUAAAACAUGACUGGACCUUCCAGGACCGAGAUGCCCAAUUCUACAGGUUCCCUGGACCAGAGCCAGAGCCUGCAGGAACCCAUGAUUUGGAAGAGGAGCUUGUUGAGGCAACAGCCCUGCUCUCGCAGCGAGGGCCCGAUGCCUUACUCACUGUGGCGCUCCGGAAGCCCCCAGGUCAGCGAACAGAUGAAGAACUGGACCUCAUCUUUGAAGAGCUGCUGCACAUCAAGGCGGUGGCCCAUCUCUCCAAUUCCGUGAAGCGGGAAUUAGCUGCUGUUCUGCUCUUUGAACCACACAGCAAGGCAGGGACUGUGUUGUUUAGCCAGGGGGACAAAGGCACCUCGUGGUACAUUAUCUGGAAGGGAUCUGUCAAUGUGGUGACCCACGGCAAGGGGCUGGUGACCACAUUGCAUGAGGGAGAUGACUUCGGACAGCUGGCUCUGGUGAAUGAUGCACCUCGGGCAGCCACCAUCAUCCUCAGAGAAAAUAACUGUCACUUUCUGCGUGUGGACAAGCAGGACUUCAACCGCAUCAUCAAGGAUGUGGAAGCGAAAACCAUGAGGCUGGAAGAGCAUGGCAAAGUGGUGUUGGUUCUGGAAAGGAGCUCUCAGGGCACUGGCCCUUCCCGACCCCCAACCCCAGGCAGGAACCGGUAUACAGUAAUGUCUGGCACCCCAGAGAAGAUCCUAGAACUCCUCUUGGAAGCCAUGCGACCAGAUUCCAGUGCUCAUGACCCAACAGAGACAUUCCUCAGUGACUUCCUGCUGACCCACACUGUCUUCAUGCCCAGCACCCAGCUCUUCGCCGCCCUCCUGCACCACUUCCAUGUGGAGCCAGCAGAGCCUGCUGGAGGCAGUGACCAGGAACGGAGCACCUACAUCUGCAACAAGAGGCAGCAGAUUCUGCGGCUAGUCAGCCGGUGGGUGGCCCUGUACGGCCCCAUGCUCCACUCAGACCCCGUGGCCACCAGCUUCCUCCAGAAACUCUCAGACCUGGUGAGCAGGGAUGCGCGACUUAGCAACUUGCUGAGGGAACAGUGGCCAGAGAGGCGGCGGCACCACAGGUUGGAGAACGGCUGUGGGAACGCAUCUCCUCAGACCAAGGCCCGGAAUGCACCUGUUUGGCUUCCCGGCCAGGAGGAACCCCUCCCAAGCAGCACCGGUGCCAUCCGAGUUGGGGACAAAGUCCCCUACGACAUCUGCAGACCCGACCACUCGGUGCUGACCCUGCAGCUGCCUGUGACAGCCUCCGUGAGAGAAGUGAUGGCAGCUCUGGCCCGUGAGGACCACUGGACCAAGGGGCAGGUGCUGGUAAAGGUCAAUUCCGCAGGCGAUGUCGUUGGCCUGCAGCCAGAUGCCCGCGGCGUGGCCACCUCGCUGGGCCUCAACGAGCGGCUCUUUGUUGUUAACCCACAGGAAGUGCAUGAGCUGACCCCACACCCUGAGCAGCUGGGGCCCACUCUGGGUUCUUCUGAGAUGCUGGACCUAGUGAGUGCCAAGGACCUGGCCGGCCAGCUGACAGACCAUGACUGGAACCUCUUCAAUAAGAUCCACCAGGUGGAGCUGAUCCAUUAUGUACUGGGCCCCCAGCACCUGCGGGAUGUCACCACGGCAAACCUGGAGCGCUUUAUGCGACGCUUCAAUGAGCUGCAGUACUGGGUGGCCACAGAGCUCUGCCUCUGCCCUGUCCCUGGCCCCCGGGCGCAGCUGCUCCGGAAGUUCAUCAAGCUGGCAGCCCACCUCAAGGAGCAGAAGAAUCUCAACUCAUUCUUUGCGGUCAUGUUUGGCCUCAGCAACUCCGCCAUCAGCCGCCUGGCCCACACCUGGGAGCGUCUGCCCCAUAAAGUACGGAAGCUGUACUCCGCCUUGGAGAGGCUGCUGGACCCCUCAUGGAACCACCGAGUGUAUCGAUUGGCACUCACCAAGCUCUCCCCUCCGGUCAUCCCCUUCAUGCCCCUGCUUCUCAAAGACAUGACCUUCAUCCACGAGGGGAACCACACGCUCGUAGAGAACCUCAUCAACUUUGAGAAGAUGCGAAUGAUGGCCAGAGCUGUACGGAUGCUCCACCACUGCCGGAGUCACAGCACUGUGCCUCUGUCACCGCUCAGAAGCCGAGUUUCCCACAUCCACGAGGACAGUCAGGCGUCAAGGAUCUCCACAUGCUCCGAGCAAUCCCUGAGCACCCGGAGUCCAGCUAGCACCUGGGCUUAUGUCCAGCAGCUGAAGGUCAUCGACAACCAGCGGGAACUGUCCCGCCUCUCCCGGGAGCUGGAGCCAUGAGGAGGGACUGGGCGGAGCAGGCACGUCUCUCAGAGAAAGCCAGAGCCUGUGGGGCCCGAGAGGUCCAGAGGCCAGCCACAGCUGGGCAGGGCUCUCCAUGGACCGGACUCAAGGCCCUGGAGUGGGCAGUGUAGAGGCAGCUGUCCGCUGUGAUGAGUGUCGGCGAAGGAGAUCUUUGAUGUGGAACUGAGCUGGCCACAAGGCCAAGGAAAAGGGGACAUUGAGGCCCUGGCGUGGGUAGGAGAGCUGGGAGGUUCGGGACUCUGUGGUUCCAUAGAGAGCUCUCUGGCCAGGCUUUUUGCACCAUCUGUACGUGCCGCUGUGCUGCCCAGUGGUCGCCAGGCCCCGCGCUUGUUUUUCACAGGGGUCAGAGAGCUCACAUCUGUAUGAUGUAUGUGCUCUGGGUGGGGCCUUGCCCGGAGAGGGUGGGGAGCUCUGCUUUUCUCUCCACACAUCUGAGAUAAACAGCUGGGUGUAGGCAGGGCGGUUGCUAGAGUGGUGGUCCCUGAGGAGCUGUAUUGUUCCCAUAAAUUAACAAAGCUGUGUGUGUUCUACA